AAGGAAUUCUCUAGUACGCUUCAAUUCAAACGGUUCGAAAAAUUGGCACCGAAAACCCCCGGAAAGAAAAAAGAAUGGCGACUUCCGCCGUAGACGGUGGUGUUGGAGGAGAAGACAUAAAAUUUAGCGUGAUGGUCAGCCUUUUCCAGUGGAUACAGAAGAGUAAAUCAUCAAAGCAGAAGCGGUCCAAGUUCCGCAAGUUUCUAGACGCCUUCUGCAGGAAGCCUCAGGACAAUUUUGCUGCCAUGCGCCUCAUUCUCCCUGUCCUCGACCGUGAGCGUGGCUCUUAUGGCCUCAAGGAGCACGUUCUUGCUACUUGCCUCAUUGACGCACUUGCCAUGUCCCGCGAUUCCGAUGAUGCCCGCCGUCUCCUCAACUGGAGGAAAGGCGGCCCCAAAACUGGCUCAAAUGCCGGAAACUUCUCUCUUGUUGCCGCUGAGGUCCUCCAGCGCAGACAGGGAAUGGCUUCUGCUGGGCUGACAAUUAAGGAACUAAAUGACUUCCUUGAUCACUUGGCGUCAAGUGAAAACAGAACAGAGAAGAUUUCAAUUCUGUCUGAUCUAAUCAGGAAAACAAAUGCUCAAGAAAUGAAAUGGAUUAUAAUGAUAAUUCUCAAAGAUCUUAAGUUGGGAAUUAGUGAAAAGAGCAUCUUCCACGAAUUCCAUCCAGAUGCAGAGGACUUAUUCAAUGUCACAUGCGAUUUAAAACUACUUUGUGAAAAGUUGAGGGACAGAAGUCAACGGCAUAAACGCCAGGACAUUGAAAUUGGAAAACCUGUCCGCCCUCAGCUGGCUCUUAGGGUCAGCAAUGCAUCUGCUGCGUGGAAAAAGCUUCAUGGGAAAGAAGUAGUUGUUGAGUGCAAAUUUGACGGCGAUCGCAUCCAGAUUCACAAAAAUAAUUCUGAGCUAAACUUCUUCUCAAGAAACUUUCUUGAUCAUCAAGAGUAUGCUCAUGGAAUGUCAGAUGUUAUUACACAGAAUAUUCUUGCUGACAAGUGCAUACUCGAUGGUGAAAUGUUGGUUUGGGAUGCAUCAAUAAACCGCUUUGCAGAGUUUGGUUCCAAUCAAGAAAUAGCAAAGGCGGCAAGAGAGGGUCUUGACAGUGAUAGGCAGUUGUGUUAUGUUGCAUUCGAUAUUCUUUAUUUUGGCGAUACCAGUGUUAUUCAUCGGAGCUUGAAGGAGCGUCAAGAGAUUCUCCGGAAAGUUGUGAAGCCCAUAACAGGCCGUUUAGAAAUUUUGGUCCCUGACGGUGGUCUUAAUGCUCAUCGUCUUUCUGGGGAGCAAUGUUGGUCGAUCAUUGCUCGAAGUGUUGACGAUGUUGAUAAAUUCUUUACAGAUACUGUUGAGAACAGAGAUGAAGGAAUUGUUUUGAAAGAUUUAACUUCAAAAUGGGAACCAAGUGAUCGGAGUGGAAAAUGGCUAAAGUUGAAGCCUGAUUAUGUUCGAGCUGGCUCUGAUUUGGAUGUUCUUAUUAUCGGAGGCUACUAUGGUUCUGGCCGACAUGGAGGAGAAGUAGCUCAAUUUCUGGUGGGUCUUGCUGAGCCAAUGGCUCCAAAUACGUAUCCCAGGAGGUUCAUUUCUUUUUGCAGAGUGGGCACUGGAGUUUCUGAUGAGGAACGUAAUACCAUAGUAACUCGAUUAAAGCCCUAUUUCAGGAAUUAUGAUUACCCGAAGCAGGCACCACCAACUUUUUAUCAAGUAACAAAUAAUGCAAAAGAGAGACCAGACGUGUGGAUUGAAAGUCCAGAGAAAUCCAUCAUUGUUUCAAUUACAAGUGAUAUUAGAACAAUAAGAUCUGAGGUGUUUGCUGCUCCAUACAGCUUGAGAUUUCCGCGUAUUGAUCGAGUCAGAUAUGACAAGCCUUGGCAUGAGUGUCUUGAUGUGCAAUCAUUUGUUGACCUGGUACAUUCAACCAAUGGUACCACACAGAGGGAGGCCGAUCGUGGGGUUAUGCAUGAUCAUGAGCCAAAGACCAUUAGGUCGUCAAAAAGACGAGAGAAGAAGAAUGUUUCUGCAGUUCCUUCUCAUUUCAUUCAGACUGACGUGUCUCAAAUCAAGGGUGAAACAUCAAUGUUCUCUGACAUGGUGUUUUAUUUUGCUAAUGUGCCUCCGUCACAUACACUCGAAUCCUUGCACAAAAUGGUGGUCGAGCAUGGGGGUUCUUUCUCCAUGAAUUUGAAUAAGUCAGUUACUCAUUGUAUAGCAUCUGAAAGUAGAGGUAUCAAGUUUCAAGCUGCAAAACUUCAUGGAGAUGUUAUUCAAUGCUCUUGGAUCUUUGACUGCUGUCUGCAAAAGAAGCUCCUUCCUUUACAGCCAAAGUAUUUUCUUUUCCUUUCUGAUUCAACAAAGAAAAAAAUGGAAGCAGAAGUGGAUGAAUAUUCUGAUUCUUUCUACUCUGACCUCAGCAUUGAAGAAAUUGAACAGCUUUUGAGCAAUAUAGAACACUCCGAAGACUCUAAAACUGUUGAGUACUACAAGAAUAAGUACUGUGCCAAGGAUAGAUGGGCUAGAUUUCAUGGUUGCUGCAUUUACUUUUUCAUUCCAAAGCAGUAUCUGAAAUAUUCAGAUUGCAAGGCUUUAGUGGAAAUUGCUAUGAGAAGGAUGAAAGUUGAAAUUUCUGUGGGUGGUGGGAAAGUUGGUGACAGUAUUUUUCAUGCUACCCAUGUCGUCGUCAUGUCUCUACCGGAGUUUAACGUAAAUUUCAAUGAAAUGUUGAGUAGUUUCUCAGAGGCAGAGAAGCAUGUUUUGUACAAUACAAGUCUGCAUGUAGUCAGAGCACGGUGGUUGGAGGAUUCCUUUAAAGAGGACCAGAAGUUGCUUGAGGAGGAUUAUUGCCUAAAGCCUACCAAUUUUCAACAGUCAAUCUCUGAGAAGAGACAUGAUAAGCUAAAAGGUAAUUCCGGAAAGUGCGAAAGACCAUCUUCCCCUGAUAAAGAUGGAGUACAAAUCAAAGCAGAAGGAAUAUCAGACCGUUGUCGGGCCAUCACGCUACGAAAGAGAGACAGGAAACAAGAUAGAGGAAGACCUACAGGUAGUGCUACAGAAAAAACGAAAGUUGGGAUCAACAUGCCACGGAGAGUUAAACGCAAGGUCACAAGUAGUCGUGCUAAGAUUCAUGAAAAUGAAUCUGAUGAAGGUGCUACUUCAGGUGAACAUCUUCAUAAUGAUGAGAGUGAAGCUGCUGUUGAGACUCGUGGUAGCCAUGAAACUUUUGCAGAGCAUAGCUCAGGAAUUCAGAAUGAGAAUGUCGUACAAGAUCUGGAAUUGUCACCAGAUGGUGAAACAAUUCCACAAAGGACUGCUGAGUGCAGUGUGAUCGGUGAAAGAUUGGACAAAGCUCAGGAAACUUAAUAUGGGAGUGGAAAUAUUGCCAGGGGAAAAGAUAGAGACAAAGACAAGAUGGAUGAAAAGCUGGAAGAUCCUGUUGAUCCAGUCCAAGCUAUGCUACAGCAUAUGAUACCCCACUUGGAAAGUAAGCCAACCAGAAGUGUGGACACACUUUUAAAAGACGACAAGCCGGAGGCAGAUACUAAUCCCAGUCCCAAAAAGAAAAAGAAAGUUAGCUACAAAGAUAUAGCCGGUGAGUUGCUCAAAGAUUGGUGAAACCGUCUACGCCAUCCACCAUUACAAAGUUAGGAAUUUUGUUUUGUUUCCUUCUGUGUUUUUCUUCCGCGACCAUGUAAAUAUAUUACUCUUUUGCGUUGUAUUUCUGCUGUAAAUGAUUCGAACAGUUUAUGCAUCUUUCUGUUAUUGCUUGGUGUGUUAUCAGUUAUGGUUACUGGCACACCUGUUAAAA